UCUCCAAGGGUUGCUAUAAAGUAACCGGUGAUGAGACGUAGCUCCGGGCGCUCGCCGUGAGCUGGGCUUCGUAUAUCCUUAUGCUGGGAUUAUCCAGGAUAGCUGCGUCCCUUAAACCAAAUCUCUGCACGUUUAACAUAUAUACGCGGUUGCUAGGUAACCAAAGCCACCUACUGAACGUUGGCGCCUUGGUAUCUUGCGCUGGCUGCACACAGGCUCGCUUUGGCCUGCGGAACGCACAGGGGGCUGGGGAUUUUGUCGGUAACCCUGAGGCCGUCCCUCUGAAUUUGCGGCUGCCGGCAGGAGUCAUGGAGGACUGCGACAAUCGGGCUGAGGUUGUGCUGCUGGCUACUGGAUCGUUUAACCCCGUCACCGUCAUGCAUCUGAGGAUGUUUGAACUGGCCAGGGACCAUCUGCAAGGGACAGGUCAAUACAAAGUGAUUAAAGGCAUCAUAUCCCCGGUCGGUGACGGGUACAAGAAGAAAGGGUUGGUUGAGGCUUCUCACCGCCUUGCCAUGGCGAAGCUGGCAGCGGAGAGCAGUGACUGGGUGGAGGUGGACCCAUGGGAGAGCGCCCAGCCGGAAUGGAUAGAGACCGUUCGGGUGCUAAGGCAUCACCGGCAGAGCCUUGCAAGGGUCCCGAGAGAAGAAAACCCGGAGAGCAAAACCCCGCAGAGGAAGGGCAACAAGCGAAAACGAAAUCACAACCACCAGGAUGUGCCGGACCGCAGCCUCGCUGAGGCCAAAGCCGUUCCUCAGGUGAAGCUGCUGUGCGGGGCGGAUGUUCUGGAGUCCAUGAGCGUCCCUAACUUGUGGAAGGACGAAGAUGUUUUCGAAAUAGCCUCCUCGUUUGGGAUCGUCUGCAUCACCCGACAUGGAAAUAACGCCCGUAAAUUUAUGUACGAGUCCGACGCCCUCUGGAAGCACAAGAACAACAUCCACGUGGUGGAAGAGUGGAUCACCAACGACAUUUCCUCCACCAAGAUCCGCCGCGCGCUCAGGAGAGGGCAGAGCGUCCGCUACUUGGUGCCAGAGCCGGCCCUGGAGUACAUCCAGCGACACGAUCUGUAUAAUGAAGAGAGCGAGGAGAAGAACGCCGGUCUCAUUCUAGAGCCUCUAGCACGAAACUGCAAGAAAUCCUACGACUGUCCAGACAGAUGUGUACAGAGCGGGUCAUCCCGCGGAGUUUAUUGGUUAUCUUCGCCGCCGGCUGGUGACAAUACCCACAAUCCUCAAGACGCCCCCCCACCAAUGGCGCCCCCAGAUUACAGCGGCACCUGGAACAUGAUCAGCAAUGAGAAUUUCGAGGGCUACAUGCAAUGCCUCGGUAUAGAUUUUGUGACGCGGAAGAUGGCAAAACUCCUGAAGCCCCAAAAAGUAAUAGAGCAGAAAGGGGAUACGUUUACCAUCCAAACAGUAAGCAGUCUACGGAACUACCUGGUUACGUUUACGGUGGGGGAAGAAUUUAACGAAGACACGAAGGGCCUCGAUAACCGAAAAUGCAAGAGCAUCGUGUCGUGGGACAACGGGCGUCUAGUCUGUGUCCAAACCGGCGAAAAGAAGAAUCGAGGAUGGGUCCAUUGGGUUGAUGGCGAUGAGCUGCAUUUGGAGCUGAGCUGUGAGGACCAGGUCUGCAAGCAGGUGUACAAAAAGGUGCAGCCGCCUUGCUGAUCAUGCGCGUGAUCGCCCUUAAACACCUUAACCCAAUAUUCUACCAUCUAUGCAAUCAUAUCGGUUUUAGUUCUUGUAUAUUUAUUCUGUCCCGCUGUAUGGAAAAGUAGUUUUGCUACGUUUUGUAUAAAGAGGGUAUUUUGUCCCCCGCAGCUGCUAAUGAAAAUAUAUUAAAAAGAAUAUUAAAGGCUCUGAAAA